AUGUUCCGACCAGAUCACAACCGCAUCGAUGCCAAAAGGCGAAACAUUGGCGAUCAUCGCAAGAAGCAGUUCGCCGAGGCUUCCCACAAGGAGCAAAAAUACCCCCAUCGCCUCAACUUCUACGCCGAUCCACCCACGGCCGACAUCACUCUGGAGCAGUUUGAACAAUGGGCUAUCGACAGACUACGAAUCCUGGCCGAGCUUGAGGCAUGCUCCUUUCGCAACAAGCCCCCCGCCGAGGUUGCCUCCCACAUGAAGCCCCUCCUCGACAAGCUCCUCCCCCUCGAGUCGUCCUCCUCGCAGUCGAGUCAGCUGUUCGCCCAGCGACAAAAGGACCACUACAGCCACUUUAUCCUGCGUCUGGCCUUUGCCUCGACCGAAGACCUGCGCCGCCGCUUCUCCCGAGUCGAGACGAUGCUGUUCCGCCUGCGCUUCAACUCGGACGACCUCGCCGACCGGAGCGCCUUUGUGGCCGGCCUCGAGCUCGACUGGUGGGAGACGGUCACGGAAGACGAGCGUGCCGCGCUCUCGUCCGAGCUCGCCGCCAUGAUGCCCGCACGCGCCAAGGCGAGCGGCAGCCACAACCCUGAGGACGAGACGUGGUUCAAGGUCGACUGGGCCCGCGUGCCCGAGCUCGUCGAGCAGAGGCGCGUGCUCCUGCGCGCCGGCAAGGCCUACGUGCCGGCGCGCGAGCAGGCGAGCAUGGUGCUCGGCGAGUUCACCCAGCGCCUCGAGAAGCAGCUCGAGCUCACGGCGCGCGCCCUGCCGCGUCUCGACGAGGACGACCGCCUGACGCCCAUCCUCGACCACCUCUCCAAGAACUUCAUCACGCCCGACUCGGCCUACCUCUCGGGCACGACGUCGGCGGCCGGCCUCGGCGCCGACAUGUCGGCCCGCAACAAGAUCCUGACCGAGCACCCGCCCGGCCCCGGCGAGGCUCACGGCUGCCCCUACCGCCACUUUGACCUCGAGAACCUCAACGCCCUCAUGGGCGGCAUGGGCGUCACCGAGCGGGGUGUUCUGCAGGGUGUCAGGGAGGACAAGGAGGGCCAGAGGUUUCACAUGGCGUCGUCUUCGAGCACCUCCACAAGCAGGAAAUCAAAAAGGCAAAGGACGACAGCGUCUUUCACGUCAGCCCAGCUCGAGACGAUCGUGCACCCGAACGAGUACUUCAAGAGGAGCUACCUGCUGAAGAACCUCGACAAGGCGCGGCAGGCGGACGUCAAGAUGGAGGGCGCCUAG